AUGCAGCCGGUAGUAAAAAUAUGGCCAUUCAGAGGGUGGGCUUUGGACUUUAUUGGAAAGUUAACACCACCAUCUGUAGAUGGACAUACUCAUAUUGUGGUAGCAACGGACUACUUUAUAAAAUGGGUGGAGGCUAUUUCAUUAAAGACGUGUGAGCAGCUACCAGUGAUUGAUUUUAUCAAGAAGCACAUUAUUCAUAGGUUUGGAAUUCUAGAGACUAUUACCACUAACAGAGGACUUUCCUUCAUUGGAAAUAAAGUUCUUGAUUAUUGUGCUGAGUGUGGUGUCCAAGUGAUCCGUUCCACUCCAUAUUUCGCCCAAUCAAAUGGACAGGCUGAGGCUUCCAACAAAGUAAUUCUCAAUAUCCUUGAAAAGAUGAUUGAGAAUCAUCCAAAGGAGUGGCAUCACUUACUUUCUGAGGCUCUUUGGGCUUACAGAAAUUCAAAAAGAUCAAGUACGGGCGUCAUUCUAUAUAUGCUUACAUACAGAUAUGAUGCCAUUCUUUUAAUGGAGAUGACUGUCAGGUCUACAAGAGUGGCUUUCCAAAAUAAUUUGACACCAGCAGAUUACAACCACACCAUGUUGGUGGAAUUGGAAGACCUUGAUCAAAUCUGUCUUAAUGCCUUGGACCAUAUUAUUGCUCAAAAGAAGAAAGUCAUGCGGGCGUACAACAAGAAGGUUAAGGUAAAGACAUUUGUUGAAGGAGACCUGGUAUUGCAAGUUAGAUUUCCCCAGGAGUCAAAGACAGGGAAUAUGGAAAGUGGACCCCUAAUUGGAAAGGUCCUUACUUGGUGGAACAAGUCCCUGGAAAAGGGGCUUAUAGGUUUAAUGGACAUAGAUAGAGAAUCCCACAAGCAUCCUAUGAAUGGGGUGUAUUUAAAAGAGUAUCAUCCUUCCAUCUAUGAAAACUGGAAAUCCACAAUCAUUCAACUGGCCAUUUAG